UCAUUGCUCAAACAACAAACAAUGGCGGAAGUGAUGGCUGAAACGAAAACUACAACUCCGGCGCCUCGCAAACGCGGCCGUCCUCGGACCGUCACAGACGAUCAAGAGGUUCCAGACAGACGUCGCAAGCAGCUUCGUAUCGCACAGCAAGCUUAUCGCCGGCGAAAAGAAAGCACGAUCAAUAAUUUGCAGACCCGGGUGCAGGAGUUGGAGGAGGGCAUUGAGGAGUUGAGCCAGUCGUUCCUUUCCUUCAGCAGUCUUCUUCUCGAGGAAAAUAUACUUGCGCGACACCCACGCAUCACGUCCGCGCUCCAGGGAAUCACCCGGCAGUGCGUAGCGCUCGCCAAACAGGGAUGUGGUGAUGCCGAUGAAGCUGCGUCGGUCGAAGCUACUUCUACACCGGUUGUCAGCCGCAAGAAGAGUGCUCCACAAAAUAUUGACCUCAACUUGGAUUCGGAUUUCUUGGAAUCCGUUCCCUCGUUGAUUCCGGAUGACUCGCUUCAAUUUCCAUUCAACUCACGGCAAUGGCCCGCUUCGCGGCCCCGUACGCCUCCUUAUCAAGACCAGGCAAUGCUUCCAUUCGGACUCUUCUUAUCAACGCCUUCUGUGCCUUCAAUUUCUGCGGGUUCAGCAUUCCCGAGCCCUCCAGCAACUAUAUCUCCCGCCAGUUUCAUAAAAGAAGAAGGAUGGAGCCUCUCACAGCGCAUUGUACGAGAAUGCUGCGAGAUCGGAUACCGACUACUGGUGGACACACCAAACAAUGCAAGGAUUGAAAAAAUCUUCGGCCAGCCACUGACACUAUCCGAGCGCAAUCGUCUAAUAUCAGCAUUCUACCUGGCCAUCAAUGACGACAUCGGGGAUUUGAUCGAGCCCAAGACCAGGGCUCUCAGUCCGUUGUACAACAAGAGGGAGAACCUCUCCCAGGACAUGCUUUCGCGGUCCUCGAGAACGUGGCAGCUCGUCCUCAACUCGGGCCCUGAUGAAUGGCUGGAUGCCAGUGGCGUGCAGAGGCUUCUGCAACAAAGGGGGAUUCACAUCGACGGUGAUUCCCCAUACUCUAGUCCACGUAUUGACGCACCAUCGGCAUUUAAUCUCUCGACCUUUUUAAGAUUUCUAUCCCUCGAUUGCAUUUGUGUCGGCCCUGGACCGGUAUUCCGAAAACAAGCUAUUGAGCAGGCAUUACUCUUGGCAACUUCGCAUAAUCCGUGGGAAUUUACGCCCCCGAAGUUCAUAUUCUGA